AUGAAUACAUGGGCUACUACUACAUCUAUGCUUCCAGGUUCUCAAUAUUAUGAACUUGACGCAGUGGUACGCAAUCUCUUUAGCAGCAAUUGCAGUCCUCCUGAUCCUUUACCGAGUUGGCUCCUAUAUCACUGGAUUGAUCGAGUUAUGAUUAUUCAAAGCCUUUUGCAUAUCGCAUAUAUUUUAGCUACUGGCCAGUUAUGGACCUUCAACUCAUCUCAAAUUUUUGGAAUUUCAUCUCAUUCAGCUGCUCCUGCCUCUAAAUCUGUAUCUUUAUCAACAACUGAAAAUUUCGGUUUUGGACUGUCAAACUGGGAUAAGGAUUGUAACUGGACAGCCAUCCUCAAUACUAACAAUAUUCAUCAACCAUCGUCAACACAUUCAAGAAAUUACCCUUGGAAAAUCAGCUCGAAGAUCGGAAUUCCAGGAAACACCAAAAGAAGUAUCAUUAGUGCUCUAUUCCAACUCAAAAUUGGACACGGAUAUUUCAAAUCUUAUCUUAAACGAUUCGGAAUCUCCACUAAUGACAAUUGUAGAUGCGGGGAAUGGGAAUCUCCUGAUCAUCUUCUGCUCAAUUGUUCCAUAUACAAUACAGCAAGAAGAUUGCUCAAAAAGGACAAUCCCAAUCCCCAACUCACUAUGAAACAUCUACUUCAUACGAAGACAGGAAUCACCAAAACUCUCGAAUUUAUCGAAGCCACGCGGAUAGCCACUAGAUCAUGGCAUCUCAAUAGAAUAGAGGAAGAGAUAGGAGAACAAGAUGAAAGAGAAAGGGUAACCUGA